CACGGUAGGGUGUGAAUGCGCCUAUCGCCUCCGGGGAAACGUAGUUCGGUAGCCUCCGUCGCCAGUUGUCUCGGUGAGAAGCGAACUCUUGUUUUUCAAGCGGCUCCCGGGCAGCCAGUCUAAAGUCGGACUUUCCUGGCUUACUGGAAUGUUUUGAACCCGGCGGCGGCAGUAGUAGCUAGCACAGGUUCGGCGUGAUGGCGCUAGUGUUCUGUAUCUGGGGAGGUCUCGACCAAGGUUUGGCACCUUCAAGUCCCACCUGAUAGGUGCAUAUCAGGGUAUCCCGCUUUUAUCCCAGUUCCCCAAGAACACCUCAUCCCUGAUUAGCCAGAGGCUCAGUUUUGGUCUGAUAUUGCAUCCUCACCCUUGGUAUUACCCUCUUUUGAUCUGACGUUGUGGCCUUUCAUGGGCAGUGCAUAGGUUGUCCUGGGCUGGGAGAGCAAGGGCACAAUACGCCAUGGAGCCAGACCCCUGCCGUAGGUUAUGAGUAAGAGCCUGAGCUGGUCUGAGCAGCUCCACGCGCUUCUCAAUGCUACUGACAGAAAUGUGGCCAGGAUUAAGGUAAGGGGACGCCUGAGGCCCCCGAUUUGGGACAGCGGUUGUUUCCCCCUUGGCAUCUCUGCUGCACCAGACCUGACUGGGACCUGGAUUUCGCCUCAUCACUUGCCUCCCCAGUCAGGAGUCGAAGCUCAACAGUCUUGGGCUCUAGAGACUCCUAUUGUUCCAGAAAGGCUGAGCUGGGCUGAGGCCCAUAUGGCAUUUUCUCGCUGGGAUGAAGUUACUAUUCUCAGAUCCCAGUUUAGAUCCCAGGCUCAGGUGACUGAGGUAGUAAGGCAGGCUGUACAGGGCCUGCUGGAAGAACGAGAGCAGCAGAAGUACCAGAUCUGUAUCCUGGAAGCAUCACUAAGGUUGCUGCAGGGGGGCCCAGAGUGGAGGGCUCUUCUGGAGCAACGCCUGGAGGGGCUGAGAAGGGAACUGCAAGGCCUUCAGAGCCAGGUGCAGGAACAGGUCCAAACCCAAAUACAUACAGGACCAUGAAAGUGCAGUGCUACCAGUGGCCUUCACCAAGAGCUACAAAAUGAGUAAGCGCAACUGAUUUGGGAGGAGUCAAAGAUUCUGAGGGAGGAACUGAAGUUGCUGUGUGAUGAGCUGAGCCAGCACCAGGAGCUGUUGCUGAAAUAGAUGGCUGAGGGAUGGCAAGCUCAGGCCUGCAGCUGGAAGAUGUUGGACCAGCUGCAGAGUGGCCAGGAGAGCAAAGAGGCUGUCAGGACAGAGGCCCAGGAUGCCCAGCAGGAGCAUGACCUCCCCAGCACCUCUGUUCAUGUUCUCCAAUCUAAGCUGUCCCUGGCUGCCACCUUUGCCAUGUCUCUUUCUUCAUUUAGCUCUGAAGACAGUCUUCUGUAUAACAACAAUACCUGGGAACUUUUAAGAAAGCUAGAUCUCCAGAAGAGCACCCUUUCUAACCUGGAACACAGCAACUUUCAGCUCUAGGCCCAGAACCUUGAGCAGGAGGACCUGUCCUUUAAGGGCCCCAAGAUGCUCCUGACUGACCUGGAAGGACUUAUAAGAGUAAUAGGAUGAAGUCUUCUUUGCUCACUUGCCUCUCCAAAGCCCUGUUUCUGGUCCCCCUGCCCCUUCCCUCUUGAUCUAGCUGGUAUCUGCCCUCCCUCCUGCGGCUUGUCACUGCCUGCACAUCCUUGCCCACCAACUGUAGUAAAAUGAUUUAACCCUC